GCCCCCAUCCUCCAACCCGCCAUGCCACGCCAGACCCCCACCUGCACCGGCAUGCGCGUCCGCUCCGUGAGCGACGCGGAGAAGCUUCUCCACGCCGUCGCCACCGGCCUCCUUCCAAUGGUCAUGCACCGGCUCGCGGACGAAGACCGCCUCGCACUUGCUCCCGGCUGCAUCUACGUCUGGGAGGAGCGUAGCUCCAAUCCCCUCGAGGCCACCGGCCAGGAAAUCCAACGCUUCACAGAAGGCCGCAGCUGGGGGCCCUCCCGCGCCCGGGACAACUUCCUGAUUUAUUACGAGAAGGACAGUCCCGCGCGCUCUUCGAUACUUCACCGAAAGAACGUCAGGCAUGCUCCCCAGUUCAUCAAGCAGACGUACUCCGUGUUCAUCGACUUCCCCAAGAACUCUAGAAAAUGGCAUCUGAACGCCUACUACACGCAAGAUUCACUAGAGGGUCUCGCGACCGUCGACGACUACCCCCUGCUCCGCAGCGUGCAGGUCCCGCCCAACAAGUACGUCUGCGCGCGCAACAACGGCGCGCGGCGGGGAACCCGCAUGGGCGGCCCCGCGGAGCCUCUCAUGCUCCCCAUGGCGUCCGGCUCGAUCGGGUCCGACCCCUCCCCUACUUUUUCUUCGAGCUCGAGCUCGUCGAGCAGCACGCGCUAUUCGUCGCAGCCCCCCAUCUCGCUCCCGCCCACACCGCCCGUCCCCCCGGCCGCACCGCUCCCCGCCGGCAGCGUGCUCGCGGAGCGUCGGCUCGCGCCCCUGGAGUACCUGCAGAACAUUUCACCACGCGCGCGGGAUCCGCUCGACGACGAGGCCCUGCGCCAAUUCCAGUUCAACAUGUCGCUCGCAUAG